CUUCACUCCAUUACAAAUUCAAAAUUUCAGAGUUCCGAAAACAUGGCGACUGUUAAGUUUGCAGUUAUCGAUGUUAGUGAUUUUUUAACUAAAAAGCAAGCUAGCGAGCCUGCUUUAGCUGCGGACUGGGCGAAAUUAGAGGAACUUUACAAUAAAAAACUAUGGCACCAACUGACUUUAAAACUGCAAGAAUUCGUCAAGAAUCCGGCUCUGCAGAGGGGAGACAACCUCAUACAGUUGUACAAUAACUUUUUGACCACCUUCGAAAGCAAAAUAAAUCCCCUAUCAUUAGUUGAGAUCAUUGCUCAUAUCGUGGAACAGUAUGUCAACAAGAGAGAUGCUGUCACAUUCCUUGAGAAGGUGGAAACGAAAGUUAAAAUGAAUGAUGAAGCACUGGCUCUUUGUAAGGUGCUACAAGGACAAAUAUAUAUUGAACAGCUGAAUGAUUAUGAUGCAGCUGAGAAAAUAAUUGAACAUUUAGAAAGUACACUCGAAGAUGCUGACGGUGUGACUCCAGUUCACGGACGAUUCUAUAAGUUAGCCUCGGAAUAUUACAGAGUCCGUGGUCCGACUGGCCGUUACUACCGCGCAGCGCUUCGGUACGUUGGCUGCGCCGACGGGGGUGAGGCCCUACCUGCCACGGAACGUGCUGAUAUCGCCUUCAGACUAGCUCUCUCUGGAGUGCUGGCUCCGGACGUAUAUGAUUUGGGAGAAUUGUUGGCUCACCCAAUUCUUCAUUCUCUGAGGGGCACGCCCAAUGAAUGGGCCUGUGAACUGGUCAAAGCUGUAUCGGUUGGAGACGUUGGUGCCUUCGAGAGGAUCCGGGCCAAAUCCAACUGCGACGAAUUACACAAAGCAGACAGGCAACUGAGACAGAAAAUUGCGAUUCUGUGCUUAAUGGAGAUGGCCUUCAAUAAAUCCUCAUCUCAGAGGAAGCUGUCGUUCGAGGAGAUAGCCCGUGAAGCCAGAAUACCCCUCGACGAAGUCGAACUCCUCAUCAUGAAGGCUUUGGCUGAAAAGUUAAUUAGAGGACAUAUAGAUCAGGUGCGGUCGUGCGCGACGGUGCAAUGGGUGCGGCCGCGUGCGCUGGCCGGGGCGGGCGCCGUGCUGACGGCAGCGCGGGUGGACGCGUGGCGAGAGGCGGUCUCCGCGGCCGCCGACCUGCUGGCUACCGUGCAGCCCGACCUCAUCAUCGCUUGAAGAUUCAUUCAGAGAUCAACGGGAGGAAUCUAAAAUAAAACAUUAAAUACAUAAAUAAAUAUUGAUAAAUAGAA